AUGGCAACCCUGGGCGAUCCUUGCUCCCUUUUGUUCGUGUACGUGUACGGGGUUCGGGCGGCAGGUCGGCGGUCAGAGCAUGAGGGCGAGCGCGUCGACCGCUUUAACAGGGCAACCUUCUUUUGCCCCCAAGCCCGGGAGUCGAAUGUGAGCGAGGAGCAGACCGAGCAGCAAGAGCAACGCGAAGAGCUUGGACCGAUUCCAGAAGAUUCACUCGUCUGGAUUCUCGUGGAUCACUCCGCGCGCGCCGAGGCCUUCGCUUCGGUGGCGGGACAUCUUCAGGAGCGCGGCGCCCGCGCCGAGAUCGUGACCAUCUCCGAGGUCGGCGUCAUGCCGGAUUUCAACCUCCACGAUGCCUGGCUCAAGAGCGGCCUGCACGCCUUUAUCGUCCCGCACGAGGAGCUCGCGGAUCGCUUCGUGCGCGCUCAGGUCCCCGCCGAACGCGUGCUCGUGGCCGGUCCUGCGGUGCAACCUGGCUUUGCCAGGGAGCUCGACAAGGGCGCGCUCCGCGAUGAGUUCGGCUUCUCUCACUCGGAGAAGCUCGUCAUCGCGCGCGCGGAGAACUUCGACGUCGCUUCGCUCGAGAAGAUGAUGUUCCAGGCAAAGCUCGUCGAAGGCAACGUGCGCUUCCUGUUCCACCACAACGGUGAUAACAGCGCCGCGGCGACCUUGCGCCGCGCGGCCAAUGAUCACGGCUUCGACGCCGUGAUGUUCGGGCGAGUCGAUCAGCUCGAGCGCUACCUCGCCGUCGGCGAUAUGGUCAUCACCACCGCCAGCGAUCCGAUGAUCCCCGAGAUCAGCGCGCUCGGCUUGCCGGUGAUGAUGGUCGGAGACGGCGGUGACGCGAGCGCUCAGGCGGCCUUCUUCGAGCGACACGAGCUCGGGCGCCACGUCUCGGAUAUGAUCCGCCUCGGCGCCGAGGUCGAGCGCUUCCUGCUCGAGGAUAACCUCGCACGUUACGCCGAGGCCGCCGGCAGCAUCGGCUUGCCCGGCGGCUCGAAAGAGGUCGCCGAGGCGAUGGCAAGAGCAUUGAUUCAUGCCCCCGAGUGGCGCCAGGUGAACAACCCGGGCGGCGGCGAGGAAGAGCAGGGCGGCGACGCUGGCUCUGAUCAGGGUGGCGGAAACAACGAGCGCAAGGGCUUUGGUGGCCCGUUCGAGUCGAUCGGAGGCUCGCGCGGUGGCGGUAGCUCCUCCUCGGACUCCUCGGGGUCGAGCUCUUCAUCUGGCGGAAGCACCGGAGGUUCUGGUUCUGGUGGCGGUGGCGGUCGCGACGCCAACGAGUUUGUCGGCAUCUCCAAGGCCGAGGCAAAGGAGCAGCUCGCGCAGCUUAUCCUCGCCGAGCGCGAGCUCGAUCGCAGGCUCGGCGAGCUCGGCAAGGAGCAGCAGCGUUGGCGAAACCGGCUCGAUCUGGCGCGCGAAUGGAAUGAAGAGGAUCUGGCCGAGGAGGCUGAAGGGAUCCUUCGAGGUUACCUGCGCGAGGCCGAGCCGCUCCAGCAGGAGCUCCAGGAUCUCGAGGCUUACUUCGAGCAAGCGGACACCACGCACUUGCUCACGUGGGGCGCGAUCUAUGUGGCGGUCUAUAUCAUCUGCCAUGGCGCGAGGAUCGUGCGAUGGUAUGAUCUGGUGCGCCCGCUCGGAGAGGUCGACGGCAAGCUCGUCCACCGCGUCUGCGUGGUGGGGUUCACGGCGAUUUUGUUGCUCCCCUUGCGCCUUGGCGAGCUGGUGCGGCCAUACCUGCUCUCGAGGCGAACGCCGUUUUCGAUGAGCGCCGUGCUCGGCACGGCGGUCGUCGAGCGCGUCAUCGACGGGCUCAUUAUCACUGGCCUGCUCUUUGUCACGUUGGCGACGUACUCGGGUGAGCAGAGCACGACGUUCGCGUACACCACCGGCGCGUUGAGCGCCGGGAUCUUUAUCGGCGCGCUGGUGACCUGCCUGCUCGCGCUCUGGAGCAAGUCGUGGACCAUCGGCAUGGUCGAGAAGGUCUUCGGUUUUAUCUCCAAGGGGUUGGCCGAGAAAUUAUCAGGGCUCCUCGAAGGUUUCAUCGACGGCUUCCGCGCGCUCAUCGAGGCGCGCUCGCUGGGGCGUUUUCUGGCGCUGACGGCGCUCUACUGGGGGAGCAACGUCGUCUCGAUGUGGUUGCUCGCGCGGUAUGGUUUUGGCCUCGACGUCAGCCUCUGGGAUAUGGCCACGGUGCUUGCCUUGCUCGUGAUCGGGAUCAUGAUCCCGGCGGGGCCAGCGAUGGCGGGCAACUUCGAGUUCUUCUUCUCCCGCGCGCUCGGGCUCUUCGUGGUGCUCGAGGUCUUUGGCGCGCAGGUCGCCGCGCUGGCGGCCACGGUGCACGUGCUGCAAUUUGUCGUCAUCGUCACGCCAGGCGUCCUGGUGAUGUGGUUUGAUCCCGAGAGCCGCAACCUCAUCCGACUCUCCGAGCAGGCCGCCGCGCAGGUCAUCCGCAGCUACGUCUCGAACGGUGAGCCUGUGAGCAGCUCGCACAUCGCUCGCAGCGGCGUGGUCGAUGUCAGCUCCGCGACGAUCCGCAAUGUGAUGGGAGAUCUCGAGGCGCAGGGGCUCCUGCGUCAACCGCACACAUCGGCAGGGCGCGUCCCCACGCCAGGCGGGCUGCGCCUGUUUAUCGACGCGCUCUCGGUCGAGGGGCUCCCCAUCGGCGAUCCUGCGCUGGUGCAUAUCCAGGGCGAGCUCGGCGCGAUGGAGGGGAAGGACAUGGAGCAGGCCGCGCAUACCGUCGGCAGCCUGCUCAGUGAUCUGGUGCGCCUGACGAGCAUCGUCUCGACCCCGAGCCUCGGCUCGAUCCGACUCGAAGACAUCCACCUCUCGCCGCUCUCCGAGCGGCGCAUCCUCGCCAUCCUCGUCGCGAGUGACGCGCGGGUCUACCACCAGGUCGUCCCGAUGAAUCAGGAGCUCGACCGCACGCAGUUAAAGCGCAUCCAGGACUACCUCUCCGAGCUCGCCCUGGGGUUGACGCUCGAGGAGGUGCGCACGAAGGUUCGCCGGGAGAUGCUCGUCCUGGCGCGCCAGGCAAACGAGCUCGUGCGGCUCGCGCUCGAGAUCGGCGCGCGCGCCAUCGAAUCGACGCAACCCAAGGUCGUCGUCGAGGGAAAGUUCAACGUCUUCGACUACGAUGAGUUGACCGCCGACACCGAGCGUUUAAAACAUCUCCUCGAGCUCCUCGAGGAGAAGGAACAGGUCCUCGAGCUGCUCGAUGGUUUCGACGAGGGGCAGCGCCCCACGGUGUUGCUCGGUCCGGAGCUCGAUCUCGGGCUCGGACUUGGCGAUGAGGUCAGCUUGAUCGUCUGUGGUUACGGACAGCAGGAUGAAGCAUCACCCGAGCUCUGUUUGGAGGAGACAUUGAGUCAGAACGAAGACGCGGUUCAGGAGGAGACGCCAUCCGAGGAGGUGGUGAACAAUCCCGAAGAAGUCGAGCAGCCCGCUGAAGAAAGCGGGAGCGAGGAAGAGGUCGAGGCUCCUGAAGUGGACGCCGAGGCUACCCCUGAUGGCGACGAGGAUUCGGAAGAGUCCGACUCGGCAGAUGAAGAGCCAGAGAUCGAGACCGACGACUCCGUCAACACCGAGCCUGAGGAAGAGGAUCCACUCUUCUUGAGCCCCGAGGAUGACGAAGGCGAGGUCUUCGAGGCGACUGGCUCGAAGCCUGUGAUCGAGGUGCUCGAUGCGCCUCCUGUCAAGGACGCCAAGGACGAGCGCAUCGAAGAACUCGAGCGCCGCCUCGCGGAGCUCGAGGAGCGCGUGAGCGCGAACGAUGAAGAGAUCACCGGCCUCCAGCGCGAGCGCGAUGACCUCAAGGCGCGCUUGCUCAGGAGCGCUGCGGAUAUGGAUAACUUCCGCAAGCGCAAGGAGCGCGAGAAGGAAGAGCUCCGCAAGUACGGCUCGGACAAGAUCGUCUCCGAUCUUUUGCCCGCCGUCGACAACCUCGAGCGCGCGCUCGAGCACGCGGAGAAGACUGCCGAGGAGUCCUCGAUCUCGGACGGCGUGCGCAUGGUGCAUCGCCAACUCAUCAGCUCGCUCGAGAAGCACGGCAUCCAGAGCUUCGAGUCUGUCGGUGAGAAGUUUGAUCCACAACGCCACGAGGCGAUCCAGCAGAUCGAGACGACCGAGUUCGACACCAACGUCGUGAUGCAGGAGUUCCAGAAGGGCUACUUCAUCCAUGACAGGCUCCUGCGUCCCGCGCUCACCGUCGUGGCGAAGCGCAUCGAUCCUCCCCCCGCGGAGGUCGAGCCCGAGCCAGAGGCCGAGGUCGAGCCCGAGGCGACGCCAGAGUCUGCGCCUAAAGAGGAUGCGCCAGCCCCCGAAGAGGACGCCGCGACCGAGCAGGACGACGCAUCUUUCGAGGAGCCCAGUGUCGACGCUGGCCUUGGCGGAGAGACGAGCCAGGCACAGGCUUGA